AUGAAGAAAUGCAAAAGUUUGAAGCAUGUGUCCCUCAACAUUUCUAAACUGAAACGUCUCGAGGAGGCUGAUUUUUCAGAUUGUGGGGCAUUGACUGAAGUUAGCUUGAAUGAUAGUCCAAAUGGGGUGGCAAUGGCAACAGACAAUCAUCACUCUAAGUUGCCAACACUUGACGAGGCUUCUCCAUCUCCUGAAGAAGAUAACAUCUGGCUCAGUUUUGAUAACUGCUUCAACUUGAAUCAAACAGUAAAAACGGAGAAACUAAUUUUGCGAGGGGAAGAAGUGCCUUCAUAUUUCACUUAUCAAACUUCUAAAACCUACCCCGCAGAAGAAGGAACCUACUCCUGUUUGACCAUCCCUCUGUUUCCCAGCUUUCUCUUGCAACCGUUCUUCAGAUUUAAGAUUAAAGAGAUGGGGUUUAUACCUCUUGAAGACUUGAACGACGAUUCAUCAGCAAAGAACGGACUUGGUAAUCCAAACUCUCUUCCACAUGUUUGUGAAGCCGAUGAAGACAUUAUGGUGAAUGAUGAAUGCCAUGAGACUGAACAAGGUGAAGAAUGUGGAGAUAACUCUGCGGACACAGAGAGAUGCUGGAAGCGAAUGCGGACUACAUGA